CUUUUUAAUAUAAAAAAAAUAUAUAAUACAUUGUAGUAUACAGUGUGUAAAAUUUAAAAUUUGCGCGGUGCAUAUACUGACAAUAGAAUAGUAGCGUAUAAUGUGGGAGAUAUGGGUAUAAGAGUCAUGACGUGCCCGUGCAAGUAAAUAAAGCCCGAUUAGAUCGAUAAGUUAUUUCUAUAAUCGAUAUCUGUAUUAAUCUAUUCAUUACUAAUUAGGAAUUAAAAGUAAGAUGUUAGAAAAAUGAUUAUAUAUCACGACUUUUCCCAAUUUUUGAAGACUUUUAUUUUGUACGGACAAUUAGUGGGACCCUUUUGACUUUUGCCAAAACACAUCACUAACAAUGCGUUCGUAAUGCAUGUGCGAGCAGCCAAUCCGCUUAAUACAUUUUUAAUUAUAGCAAGUGACGCAGGGUGGCGCGGCGUGGCGCGAAUUUGCGCAUCCAUUUCAUUGAGUUGGCUUCUUGUCGUAAAGUGCGUAAAGUUCGAAAAAGGAUGCAGGAUCGAGAAUGAUGCGAAAUAAAGUGGAAUUGAACGUGAAAGCGUUCACGAAAUCAUCUUUCAUGCAAUGUCUGACAGAAUUGGUAGCAAGUUCUCUGACUGCACAUGCCAAAGCGAUUGCUAUAAGAAUUCACGUAGAGAAACGUAAUGUACAAGUUAUUGAUAAUGGCGUUGGAAUACCAAAAGAUAUGCUGGAGCACAUGACAGAACUAAACAAUCAAGUGUUGACAAGUAUUCGUUGUCUGUCUGAUAGUUUUACUAUUGCUUCAAGAUAUCAACAUUCGAUGGAAACAUUUAUGAAGGUGUUUAAAGCAGAUUCUGCGUCAAAUUUAACGCAAAUAGAACAGAGACCUUCAUGUGGUACGACUGUAUCUGUUUUUGAUUUCCAUAAAGUACCACAGAAAUGGGACAUAUCUACUAUUUGUUUUUUUAUUGGUGCUAUAGCUGUUGCAAAGUUAGAAGUGUCAUUUUCAAUUAGAGACGAGGAAAGAAGUAAAGUCGUUUUAAGAAUUGCUAAGCCACACAGCUCAACAGCAGUCUUGAAAAUGUUAUUUGGAAAAGAUUUACCUUUGAGUCAUGUAUGGUCUAUACAAUGCAGCUCGGAAUAUAACACAGAUUAUCAUGGUUAUAUAGGGAUAUCUGAAAAAAAUGCAACUCAAUGGAUAUUUCUAAAUCAUAAACCAAUAUAUUGUCCCCUUAUUCUGAAGUUGAUAAAAAUCGCCUUCAAAGAAAGGCUCAAUUUACCUUUUGAUCUAGAAGGAAUACACGAUAAAAAUAUAUUCAUUCUA